ACUGAACAAGGGGCUCCUCUUUGAUAUAUAUCGCAUAAUAAGAAGAUGGCCAACCCUAACAACGACUGGUCUCAGUUCUACAACAACCAAACCUUCUUCACCACCACAACCUCCACCGUCACAACCACCACCACCGCCACGUCAGCUGAUUCUCCUCUGAAUCCGGAAAGUCGCCGUGUUACAAAGCCAACACGUCGGAGGUCUAGAGCCUCCCGUCGUACACCUACUACACUUUUCAACACCGACACAGCCAACUUCAGAGCCAUGGUGCAACAAUUCACUGGCGGUCCAUCUGCUGUGGCUUUCGGGUCUUCGUCGUCGUCUGGUUUUAGUCUCACCUCGUCCGACCCCACUGCCGGAGCUUCUUCCUCAGGCUAUCAAGCUCCUUGGCAAUACGCUAGUUUGCAGAACCAAACGUCUCAUCAUCACGAGCUGCCGCAACAAGAUAGACCCUACUUGGUCUCGUCGUCAAACCACGUGAGUACUCUUGGCUAUCCUAACACGGUGGUUUCCAAUGGUUUUGUAGCGGCGGAUGAGAGUAAAGACGGUGGAGAAGGAGGAGGUUAUGCUCCGUCUUCGGAGACAAAUAGCAAUAUUGCUUCAUGGUUGCAAUGAGGAAACGGUGAAUUAUUCUUUAGAAAUGUUUUUUUUUUCUAAUUUUUACCUAUUUCGAGGAAAAAAAAACAUAAAGGAAGAAAUGUUAGGUAUACUGACUUUGUUUGUAGCAGAAUGAAAACUUUGACUAUUGUAAUUUUCUUUAGUUGUGUUUAUUUAUUUUUCAUAUUUUGAGGACUUUGUGGACGCAUAAAUUGAAUAAACUUAAAUAGCAUUU